GAACUUUUUUAUUUUCAAGGGCCGAAAUGACGUGAUAGCAAUUUUGCAAAAGAUUUUGCAAGAAACGCCUCGAAUUCUGUUGUUAUCGAGGUAGAAAAGAGCUCUUAAACUUUUGAGAAGCAUAAUAAUGUUGGAUCUCGAAGUCGUUCCGGAAAGAUCCUUGGGAAAUGAGCAGUGGGAGUUUAUACUUGGUAAUGUUAAUGUUUGCAAUGCAGUUUGUACAUCAUAAGCGCUUUCCCGCCUACCAUGAAAUUUAUUGCCUUUUAGCCUAUUCAUCUUAGAUUUAAAUCUUACCUUCUGAUGCUUUCGUAUUCAUUCUGAUCAUUUUAAGGAAUGCCUGUCGCACAAUGUGUGCAAAUCCUGAAGCGGCAAUGUCGUGUGAUCAAAUCGGUACAAGCUAUGUACAGUGAGGCGGUGAGUGUCUGGAUUGUGUUUGACUGUGUAACGCAUAAACUCUCUUUUCUUGCAUAUACUUGGUUUUAACGACGUUAUAAUUACAUGUGGGAUAAUCGUUCGUCGUGGCUGGACAGAGUAUCGACUUUUUGCCAUGACACUUUGAUUGUCAUUGAUAUGUACAUGUCUGGACAGGAUGAAACUUAAUUAUUGUUUUAAAUAUUUCGCUUCUUCUUCGUUGUGCAAUAGAACCCUCUGGCAAUGGAUCUGGUCUUAAACCUGCCCAAUGAUGGAGUUAGACUGGUCUUUGAUCCUGUUACACAGAGACUUAAGGUACAGACCAAUCAAUUAUAUACUUUUGAAAAUAAUAAUAAUUGCUUUCAAUUGAUGAUACCUUACUGGAAAAUUUAGCUUCUGAAUUGUACUAAUUUUAUUUAUUUAUUUAUUUAUUUAUAGAUAAUUGAAGUUUACAGUAUGAACAAGGUCAAGUUGAAAUACUGGUAAGAUUUGGUUUGCUUGUUUGUUUAUUUGUUGCUGGUUGUUGUUGUUGUUUACUAGUUGAUAAGUAUUGUUGUUGUAAAUAUAUCCUCAGGGGAUUAUUGUGUAUUUCUUUCUACUUUUUAUCAAAUUUCACAUUAUAUCAAGUCAGGUUAUGAUGGAUAAUACUCUUAAAGGCUGAAUUUUUUUUCCUUUUUUCAUUUCAGUGGAGUGCACUUCAACUCUCCUCAAGUUCAGCCAACAAUUGAACAGAUUGACAUGUCAUUUGGAGCAACACAUCCUGGAGGUUUGAAAAUUUCUCCUAUAACUUCUUUCACAUUUUAAAAGCAAUCUAGUGGAAGUGAAGUAACAGCUAAUGAGUAAUUACCAUAUUUAUUCGCCUAUAAGCCGAGCGAUUUUUCCAACAAAUUAAACUGAGAACAGGUAAAUUCUCGCCAAGGUAGGGGGUUCAGCUUAUAGCCGAGUAUUUUCGCCAAAAAAAAUUUACAGGUGCUUAACAAGAUUCGAAAUUUGACAACAUGAAAAACUGGCCAAUCAGAACCGGUCAUUCCCACAGUUUGUGUAAACAUUGCAACAUGAUCUGACAGAUAUCAGCUGAUCGAAGCUUUUCAUUGUUUUAAAGAAACAAAAGACUUACCUUGGCUCCUCUGCUCUGAAAACCAGUCCAGUAGUGUUUGACGACGCACCAUUGAUUCACUGAUUCCGUAAUCUCUAGCGAUCUAGAAUGAUCUAUGUUUAUUCAUAACCUACUUUUUGGUUGCAUGUUUCCCGAGAGGGAAGCUCCUUUUGUUUUCGGUUUAUGUUAAUUCAUCUCAGUUAACGACACGCGUGGAGUACUUUGCAAUUAUUAGGUCUCGGCUUAUAGCCGAAUGUUUUGUGUUUAUUUUUUAUUUCAAUGCAACAGCUGCUGACAUGAAAAAGUUUAGGGUCUCGGCUUAUAGCCGAGAUCGGCUUAUAGGCGAAUAAAUACGGUAUUCAAAGGCAGUUAAAUACAGCAUAUGAGCUGUCAUUGUUCAUGCUCAUAUCUGCUUAAUUACAAACCAAUUUUUGAUUGAUGGUAUGAGCUGUUUACAUCUCAUUUGGUUAACUUUUUGAUGCAAAAGAGUGACUUGUAUCUAAUUUCUUUUUACAAUAUCACCCCUGAAUCACAUUAAGGUUGCAAGAAUAAAGGAAAUGAUCUCUGACUAAAGAAGCUCGUGGUGGUUGAAUAAAUUCUCCCCAUCAGCAACUUAGGAAAUGUAGUAAUAAUGCUACAGACAGUAUGCAAACUGAUGUUAGGGUGUAAGGGUUUAAAAGGGAAUUUUUUUUUUCAGUCUAUGAUCCCACCCAUCAGCUGUUUAUUCUGAACUUCAGAGGUCUCUCUUUUUCUUUUCCAAUCGACUCAAAGUUUGAGGUAAGUGUUUCAGUCUGUCUGAAAUAACUGGUUAAAGACUGAUUUUGUGCAUUGUAUUUACUAAUUAGCCUUAAGUUUGUGAAUUUUCUAACAGAAAACAGAAUUUUGAUUCUGACCUGUAGGAUCAAAAUUUGUCUUUUAACCCUUUAACUCCCAAAAGUGAUAAACAUGUAACCUCUCCUUUAUAAAAGUGAUUAACAUGUAACCUUUUCCCAUAAUAUCCCAAUAUUGCAUUUCUUGUGUUCUGAUUGGCUCACUCAACUGUGGUUAUCAUCUCAUAUUCUAAGUCACCUUUUAUGGCAUUGCAACAUGUUGGAAGCUGAAAAUUUUUGCUGGAAAUGUUAAAAAAUUCAGGAAUUAAAGAAAUUUGAUGUCACAAUUACUCCAUUUGCACUUGUUGGAUAUGAGAUUGGUUAUAGCUAACUGGUAGCUACACAUCUCAUUGGCUACUCACCUUGUCAUAUCAAAUAUGCGCUCACUGAAUAUUUGUUAAUUAUCCAGCAAGCAGAGAAUGAGAAUACUCAUUUACUUGUCAGGUAGAAGUUGCUGUCUUUAUCUAACACCACACUCUCGUAACCUAUGUACAAGAAAAUGUCUAACAGCCAGAUGGGAGAAUUGAAAAUCAGAUCUUGGGGGAUAAAAGGAUCAGGAUGGUGUAUCGAUGUAUUUUCUUUAAAACAAUGACUGUCUGUUAGUAUAGACCAGCUGAAUUCAAUUACAGUUAUAGAACAUUUGUUUACAGUAGUGCCACACUAUUUUUAUCUCUCCACAGCCAUAUUACACUCAUGGAUUAGGCUCUCUCAAAUUCUCAUCUGGCUCAUCACCAGUUGUGUCACGCAUGUCAAUUUACCACGGAAACAACUUGACAGAUGCCAAGUAAGGAAGCAGUCAUGGUGUAUCUAUAAGUUUUUCAUUUAUUAAUUUUUUUUACAAGAGAGCCCAAAAGGUUUGCAGGAAUGAAAUAUGCAACAUACUGUUUUACUCUAUGAUCAUUGUUUUGCAGGGCACCACCCCUUCCCCUCCAAUGUUUUCAUGGCAACUGUUUUGCAGAGAGUGUUGAAAUCAUAAACCAGGAUGGUAAAGUCCUGGGUCUUAAAUGUUUCCUUGUGGCAGAAGGUAAGGCCAAAGACAACAGUAUCAGGAGGACUCAGUCAGCCCUCACUGUCUAGUUCCUAAAGGUUAAUAACCCUUUGCACCCUAACAUCAGUAUGUAUGGUGAUCAUCUUCCUUCUUCUUAUGACCUUGAUAUUUGAUCCAAUGGUGAUAUUUUAGGGAGAAAUUUGAUGCUAGUCACUCUUAAUGGUUAAAGGGUGAAGCUUCUAAAGACUCCCUUCUCCACCCCCCCCCCCCACCACCAUAACUGAACCCCCCUCUUUCCCCCCCCACCAUAACUAAACCCCAUUAAUAACCCCCAUUUGUAAUUGAUCAAAACAUAUAAAAAACCAUAACAUAAACGCCUGGGAGGCUGGCCAAAUGCCAAAACACAUUAAUAAACCAAAUAGGGACAAGAAUGGUUGAAGGAUUAGAUAAAAUUAACACAUAUUACAUUUGCCAACCCUAAAAGAUUUAGGGGUGGGUGAGGGAGAUCUAAAAAAUUUGACAUGCAUGAACUACUAUCAGUAACAUCCACCAUCCACUUAUCAACUGUUUCCUUUGUUUAAGGUCCUGGUCCUGGUAAGAUCUUAGAGCUACGGCGAAGAACCUUUGAAAGGAAUGUGAUGUUUGGAGAUUCAUGUCAGGUUAGAAUUUGGAGCUUUGGUUGUUUGACAUCACAAAUAAUUUUCUAAUGAUUGUGCUGAAUUUUAAACUGGAGGCUUAUCAUGGCUCAGUGAGUCAUCAUCCUGCAGCUGAUGCUUAAUUUAUGCCAAGGCUUGUUAUUGAGACCAUGACUUUUUGUUUUUUUAGGAUGUUUUAAGCUCACUUGGAUCUCCAUGCAAAGUGUUUUACAAAGCUGAAGAUAAGGUCAGUUGAUUUGAGAAAGUUGAGCACAAUACGAUUGAAGUGAAGAUGGAAAAGCCCUCUCCCCUCCCCCUCAACCCCCAUUCUUUUAAAAACUGGGUCCUGUCCUUGAAGCUGUGUAAACAGUCUCACUUUUAAAAAUUUAUUUUUCUAAAGCCAAUCUGCAGUUGUUAUCUUUUCCUUUUCUCUUUCUUCUUUUUCAGAUGCGGAUCCACUCUCCUUCUCCUCACAAGCUUGCCCAGUCCAAGAGUUCAGAUUACUUCUUUAAUUACUUCACUCUUGGAAUUGUAAGUAACACAACUUAAGAGUGCAAGAAUCAUUGUAUUUCAUUGCCUGGUUGCUGUGUGGUUUACAGAAGAAGCUCUCAGUUAAUCAUGAACUGUUCCUUUUUUCUUCAUUUAUCUGCUCUAGGACAUCUUGUUUGAUGCAUACAGCCAUCUGGUGAAGAAGUUUAUUCUGCACACUAAUUUUCCAGGACAUUACAACUUUAACAUGUAAGCACAUUGUCUGUGAAAAGUAACAAAUAACAUAGAGCUCUCGGCCCAGUUGUUCGAAGGCCCAUAAGCACCAAUCCAAAGUUAACCCUUUAACUCCCAAGAUCUGAUAGUCAAUUCUCCCCUCCAGCUUUUACAUAUUUCCUUUUAAAUUAGUUACAAGAAUUUGGUGUUAGAUCAAAACAACAACUUCUACUUGAUAUGUUUGAGUAUUCUUAUUACCUGUUGGCUGGACAAUGUAUGGAUAUUGUAGGGAGAAGUUGGAUCUUAAUCACUUCUAGGGGUUAAAGGGUGAAAUUUUAAUCUGGGUUUCUCUAUUCCUUUUGUUCAGCCAUUUUGUGACAAUUUUCUCUAUUCUUUUUAGAGCAUCCAAUAAUCAUAUUCUAGACAAAAAGAGUUAUACUGAAUUUUCUUUUAAAGCUUUCAGAUCUGAAAUCAGAUUUUACACUAAUCCUGGGUUAUCUUAACCCAGCUUUGAACAACCCUGCCCUAGAUAAGAAAGGAGACUUGCAUCCACAUACUUUCCACAAUUUCUUUGCUCUUUGAGUUUAGUUGCCUUAAGUUGUUAUUGCUUAUUGUGUUUGUUGGGUUUUUUUUUUUAACUUGAUAGAUGGUAAUUUUGUAGUGUUUCUUGUGUUUUUCACGGACUGUCCUUUUAUUUUCUUGAAUUCCGUUUGUUUUAUUGAAGGUAUCAACGAUGUGAAUUUAAGGUUGGAAUUCACAGGGAUUCCAAAGGUAACAUGAAUGCUUUCUAAGCUGGUAUUUAAUAUUUGACAUGUAAAAUUUGGUGAAAACCACUGCAACUCUGCUCGCACGCUAAAUCAUUCGCCCAUUACAGUGUCGUCAGAAGAAUCUUGUUAAUAACUCGUCAAAACCAUAAUAUUUGCAUCAAGUGCCAAUAAGUAUCUUCAGUGGAAGUCUUCGUUAAAAAUAAAUGUAAGAUGAAAAAGCGUUUUGAUGCUGUUUCAGAAGAAGAGAUAGACUUGGUUUUCUUUUUAACAAAGAUGUACCAGUGAACGCUCAGUCUACGGGUAUCCUACAUAAAAAACUCUUCUUUUUACGGUAAGAGGUUAGCAACUGUCUUAUUCCGCGCCUUGCUAGAAAUCAUUGGAGAGAUGAUAAACACUAUAACUCCUGUCUUGAACAUGAGACGUCCCGCGAAGCUUAUAGUCAGCCGCUGGUAACAAAGAUUGUUCCUAUUUGUUGCGAUGUAGCUUGUGCUUACUCUGUUGUUAUGUCUUGUUUAAUAUGGUGCUCUAAUUUGCAGAUUCUGAUCUCGAUGAUGGAACCCCUUUUGUAUUAACUCCGUGUACGAAGGUAAAUAUUGCUGCAUUUAUUAAAAUGUCGUAUCUUCUCUCGAAAAAUAGAGAAGCCGGAGGAAAGGAAAGCCGGCCAUUUUGCUCCAUGGUUCAUUGAGGGGGACAUUGGUAUUUUUGGUUUUGGCUAUUUUUUAGAUCGGUUUUUUCGGUUUUUGUGCCCAAAAACUUCGGUUUUUCGGUUUUGGUAUUCAUUGCGGUUUGCGAAUUUUCCACCUCUUUGGUUUUCGGUUUUCGCGAAAAAUACUAACGGGUUUUCGGAUUUGACAUCCGAUACGGUUUUUGGUUUUUCCUAUUUGACCUAUUUGGGUUCCGGUUUCUCUUCGAUCUGGGCGGCAAUUACGCGCCUCCAAUGAUCUAGAAUAGCCGCUAAACGCAAAUUUAGGUUUAGGAAUUAACGAAACUCUUGACUUCUCGUCUGUAAAAGCUUACAUAAUGCUGACCGUUGGGACUUUUUUAUCUUGACUGGUUAAGGAAAGGCGUCCGGUCUUGCAAAUUUCUGUUUCUAGCCAGUUGUUUCUUCCCGCCGUAUAUUUUUGGAUGGUAGUAUAAAAGUGGACUCAUGCAAGGCGAGUAAUGAAGGGAAAAUGUUUAAGUUUUCAUUGUUGUCUUUCCUUUUCAUCCAGUGGGACAGUGUACAGGAUUACCUGGGCAAACCAGUUGAGGCCCCUGUGGUACUCAAUCGGUAGGUUCAAAGUUCAAUUCGAUUGUAUUUGUAACUUUGUCACACGCCACAUUGCUUGUCAUGAUGUCGGUAUUGAUGUUAUUAUCAUCUUGUUUCUUUCGAAGAUCUUCUUCCACCAACACCACCAACCCGUUUGGUUCAACUUUCUGCUACAACCUGCAACACAUGAUUUUCGAGGUUUGUUAGCAAUAGUCUGACAAGGCGUUUAAUUCUUUAUAAUAUUCAGUACUAAGUCAACUGAUCCUUUCAAUCUAAGUGGCCCUCGGCGAUACGAAUUAUUCAUCAAUCGCACUGAAUUUUGUUCAAAAUCGCAUCUUUCCUUGUUAAGGAGAAUGGAGCAUUAACAUCAAAACAACCAAAAAGAGAUCACGCAUAUGACUUCAGACCAAUUUGCGCUCCACUCAGUUUCAAAAUCCCCUUUGUUUAUUAUAACCAUAGUUGACAGCUAAAAGGAAUCAGUGUUAAGAGUUAACUUAUAAUGCACGAAUUUUAAACUUCUUUUCACUUCUACACUACACGUGAAAUGAAAACUCGUUGGAGCACUGAAUAUUUUUGCUAAUGAAAGGAUAGGCCAUUCCAUUUUUAAAAUAAAAAUACAUUUGUAUGAAUACAGCAUUAUAGCUCCGGUGAUUUGGUUUUAAUGAUUUAUCGACAUGUGAAGAUCAAUUUUUAAUAAAAAUCUUUUUGGCAACGUAAUUGCAUUUCAAGUGAAUUUCGUUCCAGAAGCUCGCCUGGCAGCGACGACGAGGGCUCGGUAUAUCAUGAAAAUCUGUUCGCACUAAUUGAUCACAUAUAAUUUCGUUAACUAAUUUAGAUUGUAAGACUUGUUCAUUUGUUUUUAUUUUCUUUUGUUUUGUCUUUCAGGUGAUGGCCAACAACCAUUUAGCAUCAGUUACACUGUAUCCCCAUUGCAACAAGACAGACAAUCAUCUUAUAACAUAAACGUCCAUUGAAUUGGAGUGGUUAGGUGUGUGAUUACGUGACUCAGGCUGGCUGGAGAAACGUUGGACUAGAAUGUUCUUAGCGGAGACACAAAUGUCUCCUACCUUUGUUUGGGAAAGGGUUUUUGAUAUAUUGUUAGAGAGAGAAGCCGCGUUCAUUUUUUUCUUUUUUUUUUCUAAGAAAACCAUAAUUGGUUUCGAAGAAAAUUUUUGACGCUGGGAUAAACUUUGAGAAGUAAAAAGAGGGAAGUUUGAAACUUUCGUGUUACUGUAUUCGAUUGGUUACAUUACUUGUUUUGCAGUAGCUAAUUAUAUUAUGACUGUUAUUGCUUAACAUUUUCAAAAAUUAAAACUAAUUUAUAGCCUUCCAUUUUGUAAAUAAUGAUGUAAAUAAAACGAAAUGGGUUUAACUUGUGAAGUAACAAUGUAAUUUUAUCUAACGA